AUGUUUCGCGACAGUUUCUCCCGCGCUCAGAAAUUCUUCGCCGAAAACCCAGGACUCUUCCCUUCUCCUAUCGACGUGAGGGAAUGGAUGUGGGCGAGCGCCAUCAUAAUGUCGCGCUCAUGGGGGCAGAAGGCCGAGCGCGCAGGAAACGACAAGAUGCACAUCCUAGUUCCUCUCGCCGACAUGGUCAACCAUGACGCCAAGGCUCGCAAGGUUGGAAUAUCCGAGGGUGGUGCGAUCGUCAUCUACGCAGGAAGAAAUCUCGCUGCUGGCGAGGAGGUCUGCAUCACAUACGGUGACAAGUGCAACAUGGAGCUCAUGGCUCACUACGGCUUCUUCGUGCCUCACAAUAAUAAGACAACUUGUGAAAUUGACCACAUCCUUCAGAAGAGAAUGUGGGAGAAGUAA